AUGUUCUACGAUUUGAAUGUGCCCUAUAGCCCGGGUGAUCCCGAAACUGCUCAUACUUUGAACUUCCUUGCAGAACUCGGCUACACAACGAUUGCACUGUCAGAGACGAUAACCGGGAAACUGCCCGCAAGCCUGACUGCUUCACCUGCCCCAAAGGAUGUUCCUCGGAGCCUGACGCUUCUUAGCCGUCUGAAUCUGACCCUCACCGACCCUGCGCAAAAUCAACGCCUUGCCAGCCUGACGCAAGCUUAUGAUUUAGUUGCCCUUCGGCCCACCAACGAGAAAGCUCUCUUGAAUACAUGCACCAAUUUGGAAUGUGAUAUUAUCUCAUUGGAUUUCUCCGUACGACUGCCGUUCCACUUCAAAUUCAAAAUGGUUUCCGCCGCCAUCUCACGUGGGGUUCGUUUUGAGAUCUGUUACGGCCCGGGUGUUACGGGUAGUGGUCUGGAGGCUCGACGCAACCUAAUUGGGAAUGCCAUGAGUCUGAUACGAGCAACACGUGGUCGAGGAAUUAUUGUGUCAAGCGAGGCGCGAAAGGCUCUGAGCGUGCGGGCUCCGUGGGAUGUGAUCAAUCUUGCAUGCGUCUGGGGCUUGUCACAGGAACGCGGUAAAGAGGCUGUCUGUGAAGAGGCUAGGAAGGUGACCGCCUUGGCUAGGUUGAAACGAACAAGCUGGCGUGGGAUUGUGGACAUCGUUGAUGGAGGAAGUAGCCCUGCCGUGAAGACCCCAGGAGCGGCACCUAAACAAUUGAGGGAACCCGCAGAAACUAAAGCCGAUGGCUUGAAAAGAAAAGCAUCGCUUGGUUCCGAGGCAACUACUGAGGAGAUUGAAAAGCCGCUAUCGAAACGCGAGAUGAAGCGCAGAGCCAAGAAGGCUCGGCUGGAGGCGGUCGGUGUUGAUAGCAAUGCUAACAGUGCAGCAGCCACUUGA